AUGGCUUAUGGGCAUUUCCUAAUGGCUGAUGUUGUUCAAGUAGAUGUUUGGAAGUAUAUGUCAGGGAGGAAAGGUCUUCGUGGUGACUGGCUGAUCCGAGACUUAAACACUGGCAAAACUCUGAUACGGGCAACCAGUUUUGGGUAUAUUAUUCAGUUAUAUGCAAUGAUGAAUAAGAAAACAAGGAAAUUUGCUAAGGCGAGCGAGGAAAUCAUGGGAGGAAUGAAAAACCUUAUGCUGCGUUAUUGUGACCCUCUCGUCAACAGGGAUGGCAGAAAGCUUCUGCAGCUUGAUGCUGAUAAAGCAGAUUACAUUCGCUCAGCCAUGGAUGGACGGACAUGGAUGUGA